GGGACCUUCCCAGCCAAGGGGGGGACCUGUAGCUAGACUGGCCCCAGGGAAGGUAGAGGGGGGUAGUAUGAGGAAGGGUCCUUCCCAGCCUAGGGGUGUGCCCGCUCCUAAGCCUAGACCGGCCCCAGGGAAGGUAGAGGGGGGUAGUGCAGGGAAGGGUCCAUCCCGGCCAAGGGGGGGACCUGUAGUUAGACCGGCCCCAGGGAAGGUAGAGGGGGGUAGUAUGAAGAAGGGUCCUUCCCGGCCAAGGGGUGUACCUGUUCCUAAGCCUAGACUGGCCCCAGGGAAGGUAGAGGGGGUUAGUGCAGGGAAGGGACCUUCCCAGCCAAGGGGGGGACCUGUAGCUAGGGCGACCCCAGGGAAGGUAGAGGGGGGUAGUGUGGGGAAGGGACCUUCCCGGCCAAGGGGGGGACCUGUUCCUAAGCCAAGGGUUGCCCCAGGGAAGGUAGAGGGGGGUAGUGCAGGGAAGGGUCCCUCCCGGCCAAGGAGUUCACGUACAUUAACUAAGAGUGAGUGGAAGAUGAUGAUGGAUAAAAGGCUUAGUCUGUUUAAAGAAGCACAAGAUAAAGGUGAGGUUGUGUGUGGUAUUGGUUGUGAAGGGGAAGAAGUGCAGUAUGUAAUAUGUCCUACAGGGUGGAGUAGUUGUAAGCUUAGGAAGGGCAGGGAGAGUACAUGUGUAUUAGGAGGGUUUAGCAGGGGGAAGACUAGGUGUAGGAGGGUUAGUGGAAAAGCUAAGAGGGAGAAGUUGUCAUUACCAACUAAGCUAGAGGUUAGAAUGUUAUAUAGUGGGCCCCUUAAUCCUUCAGGGUGGGUGGAACAAGUUAAACAGGUAGGUACUAGUACCUGUAAGAGUAGUGAGGAGGGGGGAGAUGAGUGUAAUAUAGUUGCCUGUGAGUCUAUAGCUAGUAAGAAUGGGGUACAGCAUGUAAGUGAUGAUGUCACUGAGUCUAGCAAGGAUGAGGUUCAACAUGUAGGUGAUAGUGAUGUCUGUGAGUCUAGUAAGGAUGGGGUAGAAGGUGUCUGUGAGUCUAGUAAGGAUGGGGUAGCAGAUGUCUGUGAGUCUAGUAAGGAUGAGGUUCAACAUGUAGGUGAUAGUGAUGUCUGUGAGUCUAGUAAGGAUGGGGUAGAAGAUGUCUGUGAGUCUAGUAAGGAUGGGGUAGCAGAUGUCUGUGAGUCUAGUAAGGAUGGGGUAGAAGAUGUCUGUGAGUCUAGUAAGGAUGGGGUAGAAGAUGUCUGUGAGUCUAGUAAGGAUGGGGUAGAAGAUGUCUGUGAGUCUAGUAAGGAUGGGGUAGCAGAUGUCUGUGAGUCUAGUAAGGAUGGGGUAGAAGAUGUCUGUGAGUCUAGUAAGGAUGGGGUAGAAGAUGUCUGUGAGUCUAGUAAGGAUAGGGUAGAAGAUGUCUGUGAGUCUAGUAAGGACGUGGUAGAUCCAGAUGUAAGUGAUAGUGAUGUCUGUUAGUCUAGUAAGGAAGAGGUAGAAGAUGUAAGUGAUCAUAGUGAUUCCUGGAAAACUUUCUUUGUCAGUUUUGAAGGUAAGUUAUUUACUGUUGGGACACCUAGCAAAUGUAUUCAGGUGUGUAAGUUGCAAAAAAUGGUAAGUAAUGUAUGUG